AUGUCAGGAGCUGAGUUUGUCCGUGUGUCGCUUGCAGGGACAGCAGUUCUUGCAAUUGGGCUAUGGCUUCGGUUUGAUUCGCAGACCAAAAGCAUCUUUGAACUGGAAUCCAACAACACAACGUUUUACACAGGAGUUUACAUCCUAAUUGGAGCUGGUGCACUUAUGAUGCUGGUUGGUUUCUUGGGAUGCUGUGGUGCAUUGCAGGAAUCUCAAUGUAUGCUUGGCAUGUUCUUCCUCUUCCUUUUUGUUAUUUUUGCCCUUGAAAUUGCUGCUGCAAUCUGGGGAUUUGCAAAUAAAGAAAAGGUUAUUGAUGAGUUACAGGAAUUCUACAGGGAAACCUAUGAGAAGAGAUCCCAACCAGCUGCCAGAGAGACCCUGAAAGCAUUUCACGCAGCUCUAGACUGCUGUGGUAUGACAGGAGUUUUUGACCAGCUGUUAACAGACAUCUGUCCGAAGAAGGCUACGGACUCACUUUCUGUGGUGUCAUGCCCUACUGCCAUUAAUGAUGUCUUUAAAUCAAAACUGAACGCGAUUGGAGCAGUUGGCCUCGGCAUUGCUGUAAUCAUGAUUUUUGGCAUGAUAUUCAGCAUGGUUCUCUGCUGCGCCAUCCGCAGGAACAGAGAGAUGGUGUAA